AAUAAAUUAUUAUCAAAUUUGGCUACUAGCUGUUUGCCCUAACGAUACGCAGAUUAAGUAACGUGGCACGCUACUGUGGCUGUCUGAGUGCCAAGCAAACAAAAAUGGUCAAAGUCAGUAACACUUUAAUCACAGUCUUAGUUGUGGACCUGCUGGCCACAUGUGGGGACAUAACAGUAACCUGGUCAUCCCCAAUGUACCCCAAACUCAUCUCAAACGACUCCUCCGUGAAUCCGCUAGGGAGGCCAAUCACUGAGGAUGAAUAUUCCUGGAUAGGCAGCCUGAUCAACAUUGGGGCCAUAGUGGGGGCGCUCCCAUGUGGAUUUGUAGCGGACAAAAUCGGCCGCAAAUUCACCCUGAUUGGCCUGGCCGUGCCCCACCUGGUCGCCUAUUUGAUCUACGCGUUUGCUGACAGCAUCUACCUGUUUUAUCUGGGGAGGUUCAUUAACGGGAUUUCUGAAGGGGCUGGUUAUGCGAUUCUGCCCAUGUACUUGGCUGAAAUCACCGAUGAUUCCAACCGGGCGGCCCUAUCGGUGACUCUGAACAUUUUCUGGACCCUGGGGAAUUUUAUUCCCUUCGCCAUUGGGCCCUACUUGGAGGUGCGGGUUUUCAACUUGAUCCUAGCCGGGAUACCGUGUGUUUUUUUGGCGUGUUUUCUCCUAGUCGGGUGCGAAACGCCGCAUUAUUUGGUGCAAGUGGGGCGCGAUGCCCAGGCUGCCGACACCAUCGCCCACCUGCGGUCUUGCAGUAGGGAAAGCGCGGAGAAAGAAGUGAAGAUUUUAAAAGGCGCCCAUGAGGAUGAAACCGGAAGCCUGGCGGAUAUAGUGAAAAACCCCGGCUUGCGGAAGGCGCUCCUCAUCUCACUAGCUUUGAUUGUUUUACAGCAAUUUUCUGGAAUUGCCGCUGUUGACUCCUAUUUGGAGCCGAUAUUCCAAGCCACCGGCUCCGACUUUUCCGCCUCAGUUUCCUCGACAAUCUGCGGCGCCUGCAUGUUCCUGUUCAGCUUCCCCACCACAUUCAUCAUCGAAAGGGCAGGCAAAAAGUGGCCGCUGGCAAUCUCCUGCCUGGGCGACGCCUUGUCCCUUCUGGCCCUCGGCGCUUUCUUCUACAUCAAGGACAGCACUUCUUUGGACGCGGCGUCGCUCUCCUGGCUGCCCAUCGCGGGCCUCAUCAGCUACAUUUUCUUCUUCAACUUGGGCUUUGCCGCCCUCCCAUGGACCAUCAGCUCGGAACUGUUCCCCAACAACGUGAAGCCAGUUUCAGCUUCAGCAGUUGCUGGCUUGUCUUGGAUGACCGCUUUUGUUGUCACGAAGUUCUUCAGCAGUUUGACGAAUGCUGUCGGUCGAGCUGCCACUUUUUGGAUGUUUGGUGCCUGCUGCUUGUUUACGGUGCUGUUUGAUGUUCUGUGGGUUCCGGAGACGAAAGGCAAAAGCUUUAGCGAAAUUCAGAACAUGCUGCAGGAGUAAAAGGGAAAUUGGAUGAACUGCUGCAAGCCAAUGAUCUGAUCUGGGAAAAGGAAGGUGGACGUUCAGAAGAAGAUGAGUGGUGGAAGCUGAGGCUGUAAUGCUAGAGCGCUUUACUGUCUCUGUAAUUUGAGUAAAGUUUUCAGCAAAUGAAUGUAACCAACAAUAAAGCCUCAAAACUUGCCUCAA